GAGAGAGGCGUUCAAUGUAUUAAAAAGCUAGAAAUAGAAAAAUAAAAAUAGAAACAAAAACUAAAAAAAGAUCUUCUCUACUAUUUUUUUUUUCUUUUUCUCUAUGCUCUUAGAUUUAUCUUACCUUUGAUUUGCUCGAAACCUUAGCUCAAAAAAAAUCUGCUAAGUUAUGGCAUCUAUGGUUGCAAAGGCAUGUGCUACGCCAUCGGCCCAAUAUUCACCGGCUCUAACAGUGUUGGAAAAAGGAAGUAGGAAUAAGAGGAAAUUCAGGGCGGAUACACCUUUAGUUGAUCCGAAUAAAUUGAUCCCUUCUUCUCAGUUUGGGUGCACAAGUUUUGAAUUUUCAGCGGAUAAGUUUGGAAUGAUCCCUCGUCAUGAAUUGUCGAAUAUGUGUAGCUUGAAGCAAGACAGCUCAGAAAGUUUGAAACUUGACCUCGAUUUGUCUUGCAGCGUAGGAUCAUCUGAAGUAGGUCCAAGUGAGGAAGUUGAAACAAGUGAAUGUUCGAAUGAUGCUGAUUGGAGUGAUCUUACGGAAUCUGAGCUAGAAGAGCUUGUCUUGAGCAAUCUGGAUACAAUUUUCAGAAGUGCAAUUAAGAGAAUAAUGGCGUUUGGUUAUAGUGAAGAGAUUGCCAUAAAGGCUGUUUUAAGGUCUGGUAUUUGCUAUGGUUGUAAGGAUAUUGUAUCAAACAUAGUGGAGAAUACAUUGGCUUUUCUUCGUAGCGGGGGCCAAGACAUUGACUCAUCGGGGGAGCAUUAUUUUGAGGAUUUACUGCAGAUGGAAAAGUAUGUGUUGGCUGAAUUGGUGUGUGUUGUGCGGGAAGUUAGGCCUUUCUUUAGCAUUGGUGAUGCAAUGUGGUGCUUGCUAAUAUGUGACAUGAAUGUAUCUCAUGCUUGUGCGAUGGAAAGUGAUCCUCCUUUGAGUAGUUUGGUUGGUGAUGGGAAUGCAAAUUCAUCUGCUUCUCAUUUGCAAACCGAGGCCAAAAGUUCCGAAUCCAACACUAGAAAGCCAAAUGCUUGUGCACAUUGUUCGUCUCAGACUUCUAAUGGACAUAGCUUUCAGUUGGAGGCACCCAGUAUCAAGCCUAAAUCUUCAUUUAUUAUCCCAGAGAAAGAUUCUUCAAGUUCUCUGUUUGACAGUACUGUUGAUAAAACCUUUACAGCAGCAAGAACACCCAAUCCUCCAACUGUUCAUGAGGAGGAGUUUGUGGGUAGUAGAAAGAUCACCAAAAGGGAGUAUAUACUUAGGCACAAGUCCCUGCAUCUGGAGAAACAUUACCGUUCUAAAGGGAAACCCAAUGGUUUUAGUGGUUUAGUAAUAGAUAAUAAACUUAAGUCCAUGGCAGACUCUGCCGGCAUGAAUAUAAAGAAUAAGGUCAAUAGGACCUCUCUUGCUGGGACUCAAGAUAAUGUACACCAUAGUAUCUCAACAAAUAAUGGAACAUCAUUUUUUGGGUCCGAUAAUGGCAAUGAACCCGUUCCAUUACCUAAUGCACAUAUCCCUUCGCAAGUCAAUACUUCACCUGCUGCUGAUACUGAGCUAUCGCUCUCAUUACCUGCCAGCAACAUGACCCCGAUGCCUCUUAGUUAUAACGUUGAGGACGCUGUUUGUGCUUUUAAUGAAAAAUCUAAUGCUCAUGAAUGGGUUCCUCAAGACAAGAAAGAUGAAAUGAUUCUAAAGUUAGUUCCAAGGGUUCACGAAUUGCAAAGUCAGCUCCAAGAGUGGACAGAAUGGGCCAAUCAAAAGGUUAUGCAAGCCGCUCGUAGACUGAGUAAAGACAAAGCUGAGCUUAAGACACUUCAGCAAGAAAAAGAAGAAGUGGAGAGGCUCAAGAAAGAGAAGCAAAGUUUGGAGGAAAAUACCAUGAAAAAGCUAGCUGAGAUGGAGAAUGCCUUGUUUAAGGCUAGCGGACAAGUCGAACGAGCUAAUGCUGCUGUUCGUAGGCUUGAAAUCGAGAAUGCUGUAGUAAGGAGGGAAAUGGAAGCUGCCAAAUUGCGUGCCGCAGAGUCAGGUGCCAGCUGCCAGGAGGUAUCAAAGAGGGAAAAGAAGACGCUCACCAAGUUCCACUCAUGGGAGAAGCAGAAAGCUAUAUUUCAGGAUGAACUCAUAGCUGAAAGACGAAAGCUGGUGGAACUGCAACAACAACUGGAGCAGGCUAAAGAUGUUCAAAACCAGCUCGAGGGUAGAUGGAAGCAGGAAGAGAAGGCGAAUGAAGACUUACUUAGGCAGGCUAGUUCACUAAGGAAAGAGAGAGAACAGAUUGAAACUUCAGCCAAUUCCAAGGAGGAUAUGACCAAAUUAAAAGCUGAAAGUAGUUUACAAAAGUAUAAAGAUGAUAUUGAAAGGCUAGAAAAGGAAAUAUCCCAGCUCAGACUGAAGACCGAUUCUUCAAAGAUAGCGGCUCUUAGAAGAGGCAUAGAUGGAAGCUAUGCAAGCAAACUGACAGACUUCAGAAAUGCUUCAUUACCAAAGGACAAUUAUAUCUCCGCAUUGGUGACAGAUUUUGAGGAAUAUUCUGAGCAUGGAGGGGUGAAACGAGAACGUGAGUGUGUCAUGUGCUUGUCAGAGGAGAUGUCAGUGGUUUUUCUACCAUGUGCUCAUCAAGUGGUAUGCACGACAUGCAACGAGCUCCACGAGAAGCAGGGAAUGAAAGAAUGUCCUUCUUGUAGGAGCCUCAUCCAGCAGCGGAUUUCUGUGCGCUAUGCUCGUACUUCUUAGAGUUGCUUCAGAGAAUGAGUGAAGCUGUCAAAAUACUGAUUCACGAAACUUUAUAAUGAAUAAUGGAUUUGUGUGGCCC